AUGUCGAAGGCUAUCGACGAAAAAACGCAAUCGAUCGUUAAACAAUGCAGAUCCAUACCAAGAGAUGCUAUUGAAAAUCUUCCCAAUUAUAAAAAACUAGAAUUCAUUUCUGCAAUGCAAUCGACAGGAUUCUGUGAUAUUUACCUUGUCUUAGCUAUCACAUUUGGUCUUGUUGGAAUAUUUACGGCUAGUAUUCCUUAUUUUGGUAUUGCACGUUUUCUUCAUUACUCCUAUGAUAAAGCAUUUGGGAUUGAUAUCUACCGGGAAGAAUGUUUAGCACCCAAACUUGAAUUUUUAAUUGAUACAUUUCGUCCAGUCACAUCUUGUGACAUAUGUCGUAAUAUUACUGAAAUUGAACGUGUAUCAAAGAUAACACGGGAUGAGUUCGAAGCGAAGUAUGCAUACACAAAUCGUCCUGUUAUUAUAACUGAUGCGAUGAAUGAUUGGUUGGCUUUGGAAGAAUUCGAUUUUAAAUUUUUCAAACGUCUCUAUCGAACAAAUUCCAGUGCACUUCGCGCAGUAGAAGAGAAGUGUCAAUUUUUUCCCUAUAAGAACAAGAAUGAAUUUGAAACGUUGGGCGAUGUCUUCGAAAUGGAUUUAGAUCGAGCUUAUAUGAUCGAUGAAAACUAUCGACCAUGGUAUGUUGGAUGGAGUAAUUGUGAUUAUUCGACAGCUUAUCUCCUUCGUCAAUACUAUUCGAGACCAUAUUUUCUGCCUGAACGUUCAGAAUCUAGUAAACUAGAUUGGAUUUUUAUGGGAACACCAGGACUUGGUGCACAUAUGCAUAUUGAUAAUGUUGAUUUACCCUCAUGGCAAGCACAAGUACGUGGACGAAAGCGGUGGACACUGCGACCAGUGCCUGAAUGUCAUUUCGUUUGUCGAGAAUUCAGUUUUACCGUUGAACCAGGAGAAAUCAUUGUACUCAACACAAAUGUCUGGUACCACAAAACCUUUGUUGCGAGUGACGAUGAAAUUAGUAUUACAAUAGGAUCAGAGUUUGACUGA